GCUCCUCGGCUCCAUCCUUCAGAGCGGCAGGCGCCCAGUCAGCGCAGCUCUCUCUUAUGCCGCUACGGAGAGGACGGGAGUAGCUUUUUCCCCUCCUCGCAUUUCUUUGGAUAUACCUUCACCCGCAAAAAUGAGACUCAUUUUUGUCGUUGUUGCGGUCACGGCUUUGUUGACAGAAAACCUAGCGCUUCCGGUGGGAAAACAAGGGCAGAGAGAAGACGUGGUAACACGAUGCUUGGUUGAAGUCCUGUCUAAAGCGCUCUCCAAACCGGACUCCCAGUUGGAUCAGGAAUGCAAAGACAUCCUCCAAGCAGGGGUGAAACAAGCCCCACUGGACAAGAAGAGUGUAGAGGGGAUAGCAACUUCUGGUGAGGUGGUCCGAGGUCAUCCUGAGGAGCCUGAGGCAAAGGGUGCAGAUGUGAAAGACAUCGAGGCUCUUCUGAAAUCUGUGGAGGAAAAAAGAGAAAUCCCAGAAGACGACCGAAGCCAAGAAUCCUGGAGCCUGGGUGACGAGAAGGAAAAAAGACACAAGAAUGAAGAGGAAGAAGAGCGGGAGAAGAGGAGCAGCUGGAGGCCUGGGAGAUUCCAUCAGCGGAAACACAAGCGAGGAGAAGAGGAAGAAGAUGACGAGCGUAGUCAGGAGAGUUGGGGGGUUGAGGAGAAGAGGUCAGAACAAGAAGAAGAAGAAGACAGAGAGAAGAGGAACUGGAGGCCUGGAAGAUACCACCAAAGAAAACACAAACGAGAUGAAGAGCCUUUAGGAGUAGAGAGGGAGGAGCCAGAGGGGGAACGCAGCCAAGAGUACUGGGAUGUGGACAAAAGGCAUGGAAGUGAGGAUGAGGAGGAGCAUUAUAAGCGCAUUUGGAAACCCACACAGCGCUAUCACCACAAGAAAAAGCUCCACAAACGUGAUGAGACUGAUGACGGUGACGAUCGCAGCCAGGAAUAUUGGGGUCUUGAUGAUGAGAGAGACAAGAGAGAAUGGAGAUCUGGCAGGUACCACCAGAGGAGACACAAACGUGAUGAGGAGCUCUCUGAGGAGGCCAGGGAAGAGCCUGAUGAAGAACGUAGUCAGGAAUCAUGGGAUUUUGAUACUGGAAGAGACAAGAGAGAAUGGAGACCUGGUAGGUACCACCAGAGGAGACACAAACGUGAUGAGGAGCUCUCUGAGGAGGCCAGGGAAGAGCCUGAAGAAGAACGUAGCCAGGAAUAUUGGGACUUUGACACCGGAAGAGACAAGAGAGAAUGGAGGUCUGGCAGGUAUCACCAGAGGAGACACAAACGUGAUGAGGAGCUCUCUGAAGAGGCCAGGGAAGAGCCUGAAGAAGAACGUAGCCAGGAAUCAUGGGACUUUGAUACUGGAAGAGACAAGAGAGAAUGGAGACCUGGUAGGUACCACCAGAGGAGACACAAACGUGAUGAGGAGCUCUCUGAGGAGGCCAGGGAAGAGCCUGAAGAAGAACGUAGCCAGGAAUAUUGGGACUUUGAUACAGGAAGAGCCAAGAGAGAAUGGAGGUCUGGAAGGUACCACCAGAGGAGACACAAACGUGAUGAGGAGCUCUCUGAGGAGGCCAGGGAAGAGCCUGAAGAAGAACGUAGCCAGGAGUCCUGGGGCUUGGACAAAAGAAAUGGGAAAGAGGAAGAAAUAGAAAAGCGCAUAUGGAGACCAACACAUCGAUAUCACCAUAAAAAGAAAUUUCAUAAGCGUGGCGGAGGAUCAUCAGAAGAAGAGGAAGAACAGGGUGGUGAUUCAGAGGAAUAUGAGGAGGCGGCAAAGGAUAGGACCGAAUCUCUGAGGUAUCUGGCAGAGAAGCGCAAUCCUUGGAUUUUCAGAGGCUACUAUCAUCCUGCAUGGUUUAAAAGGGAUUCAGAUGAGCAUGCUGCAACAUCAAACAAGAUGGAUGAACUGGCCAAGUUGCUAAGCUAUAAAAUAAACCAGCUGGCCAACCAUUCUAAUCAAGAGGAGGCAAAGAGCACGCACCAGAGAGCACUUACCGAGCAGGAGGAGAAAGAGCUGGAGAACCUAGCAGCGAUGGACAUGGAGUUGCAGAAAAUCGCUGCCAAGUUGCAUGACAACAGUGCGUAGGCGCCAAGAUGGACAGUUUUCCAUUUCACUAUCUGUGAAAAAAACUGCUGUUUUAACUGUACGUCUGCCAAUUUAGUGUGAUUAGUGUUGAAAAAGACCCAAAAAAAAGAUGUAAAAAAACUUGGAGCCUUGCGAAAAAACAUUUUAUUAACUUGUUUUACCAUGGUAUUUGUGAUAUUUUGGUGUUUUCAAAUUAAUAAGCAUGGGAAUGGUUUUAAUGUUUAUAUAUAUAUAUAUAUAUAAACAUAACAUAAUAAUAUAAGUUAGAGAAACUAUGAAAAUAAUAUAUAUCUAAGACAAAUUAUUAAAAUAAUUUGUGUUCAAGAGUUUGUUCAGUCUGCAUUCAAUAAAAAAGUUAUUCUGGGACCA